UUCAAAUACCCCUCUAUUGUCACAACCACCAGAAACAUGCUCUUCUUCAGUUUCUUCAAGACCCUUACGAACCAGGUCGUCACAAUCGAGCUCAAGAAUGACAUCCGUAUUCGCGGAACGCUGAAAUCGGUCGACCAGUACCUCAACAUCAAGCUCGAUGAUAUUGAUGUGCUAGAUCUGGAUAAAUACCCGCAUCUCUCGUCCGUGAAGAACAUGUUCAUCCGUGGUAGUGUCGUGCGAUAUGUCAUACUGCCGCGAUCAGAAGUUGAUGUUGGUCUGCUGGAGGACGCUACAAGAAGGGAAGCUGCAAACCAGGCGGGCAAAGCUCGAUGAUUUUGUCCCAAGCUCGACCUAUUUUCUAUCUAAUUAAUCUGCUUUCACGACGUGAUAUCGCCAUCGCGCUACCUGACGCAAUCGCUUUCCACCCCGAGGACUAGAGAAACGUGUAUGACGAUGGAUGAUGGCCUAUAUUUGAUCCAAAGGCCAGUUGAAAAGAUGACGGGAGACAAGCAAUUGAGAAUUCAGAAAUCUCUUGCUUUCAAAGGACACCAAUGAGUUCGGCUCAUGAUUAUGAUAAUAUCCACUGCGACAGAUUUGGAGCGAUUCCGAACGCAGUUGUUUUGUUGACG